GGGACUCCGAGGGGGACGGGAAGUGUCAACGCCCGGGACCCCGGCGCCAGCUCCGCCGGGGGAUCCCCGCUGCUCUAGUCCUGGGGAGGGAGGGGAAAAAGGAGGGAGCCCUGAUCUCGCCCCGCCCCUGGGCUUGUUACCGCGGGGGCGGGGAGUGCGGGCUUCUUUUGGGGGGAGUGGAGAUCGGGGGACUCGGCUGUGCCCUCUUGAGCGGCUGCCGGUGUCCCCGCGGCGCCGGGCUGCCCAGCAGAGGAGCCGCGGCCGCCGUGGCUGUUGCAUGUGUGGCUGCUGGAUGCGGAGGCGGCGGCGGCGGCGGCGGCGAGGAGCAGCAGCGGCGGCAGGAUGUUAGGGCAGCAGCAGCAGCAACUAUACUCGUCGGCCGCGCUCCUGACCGGGGAGCGGAGCCGGCUCCUCACCUGCUACGUGCAGGACUACCUCGAGUGUGUGGAGUCGCUGCCCCACGACAUGCAGAGGAACGUGUCUGUGCUUCGAGAGCUGGACAACAAAUAUCAAGAAACAUUAAAGGAAAUUGAUGAUGUCUAUGAAAAAUAUAAGAAAGAAGAUGAUUCAAACCAGAAAAAACGCCUACAGCAACAUCUCCAGAGAGCAUUAAUCAAUAGUCAAGAAUUGGGAGAUGAAAAAAUUCAGAUUGUCACACAGAUGCUCGAAUUGGUGGAAAAUCGGGCAAGGCAAAUGGAGUUGCAUUCACAGUGUUUUCAAGAUCCUGCUGAAGGUGAACGGGCCUCAGAUAAGGCAAAGAUGGAUUCCAGCCAGCCGGAAAGAUCUUCAAGAAGACCCCGCAGACAGCGAACCAGUGAAAGCCGUGAUUUAUGUCACAUGACGAAUGGGAUUGAAGACUGUGAUGAUCAGCCACCUAAAGAAAAGAAAUCCAAGUCAGCCAAGAAAAAGAAACGCUCCAAGGCCAAGCAGGAAAGGGAAGCAUCACCUGUUGAGUUUGCAAUUGAUCCCAAUGAACCUACAUACUGUUUAUGUAACCAAGUGUCUUAUGGGGAAAUGAUCGGAUGUGACAAUGAACAGUGUCCAAUUGAAUGGUUUCACUUUUCGUGUGUUUCGCUUACCUAUAAACCAAAGGGGAAGUGGUAUUGCCCAAAGUGCAGGGGAGAUAAUGAGAAAACAAUGGACAAAAGUACUGACAAGGCAAAAAAGGAUAGAAGAUCGAGGUAGUAAAUGCCAUCCACAUUUUAAAAGGUUAUUUGUCUUUUAUAUAAUUCUUUCAGAAUUUACUUUCGGAAAAUGUUUUAGGGUAAAUGCAUAAGACUAUGCAAUAAUUUUUAAUCAUUAGUAUUAAUGGUGUAUUAAAAGUUGUUGUACUUUGUCUGUGACCUUAAUUUUCUGCACUGAAUUACCAAAUAUUUUAAACCAGGUAGUCUUUAGAUCACCUGAUGAAAGGAGCAGGGAAUAGGGAGAGGGUGGUGUGAAUAUUAUAAAAACUUCACAAACCAUGCCUAUUUCAUUUUCAUUUAAAACUACAAUGCUGUUUUUUGGGUAAACACCAAAAUUUUGCUAGCAUUUUAGUUCUCUGGGCUUUAAAAAAUUUAGGUACAGUUGGAGUUCUCUGUAAGCAUUCAGAUUAUCUUGGGUAAUUUACAAUAUGAGCACUACAUUUAGAGCUUCUUUCUCCCUAGCCCCAUUUAUACAUACACUUGUUCAUCUCUAGUCUUCCAAGAGUUUAAGGAGCUAGAGAUAAGAAUAAUUUGGGAUUCCAUGUGGAAUAAUGUGCUCUUACUAGAGUAUUUGCUGCUGUAUUUUCCUUAGUAGCAUUUUGAUACACUGUCAGUAGCCCAUUUGUAAAUGCCUUGCUGCUGAAUCAUAGAUACAUUUAAUCUAGUGCUUAAUAAGGGAGUUGUGUUUUGUUUUGUUUUAAUUGGGACAGGUAAGCAUAGUUAGGAUACCAAAAAUGGUGUCAUUGGCUUAUAUUGGAAAAUAUGGGGUUAUGUAGUAUCAUGGUUCAAGGUUGAGCAAUUUAAAAAAUGCAUCUUAUUUAAUAACAUUUUCCACGUAACCCGCUGCUAUGAUGCCUAGCCACAGGCCUGUCAGUGGGGAAAAGGGCAUACGUUAGUCUUUAAAUACUGCCUUUAUGUCAAACAGGAGUUUAAAUAGUUUUCUAGUGGCUAUAGUUGAUUUCUGUCCCAAUCAGUGAUUAUAUAUUAUUUUAAGUAGUAGUGUAUUCACUUUAACUUUCUGGUAUUGGUGCUGUUUGAUGUUUUCACGUUUAAUGAACUAAUUUCGUUAUAACAAUGCAAUUAAUAAUGUAUUUGUAAAUUGAAUUUUCCAAGAUUCUGAUAUUUUAAGGAUAAGCAUAUUGAUGGAUAUAUGAACAUCUAUUCGGAGAAUUUUUUGGUUUGGGGGAGGAGGCAUCAGAUUAACUAGUCCUUUAAAUCUAUGUGUAACAUACUUUUUAUUCCUCAUUUCUCCCUAAUCUGAUGAUCUUGAUUCUUUUUGAUUAACAUGUGAAAAAUUCUGUCUGCUUGUUUGGAAAAAAAAAAAAAAACUUUUUUUUUUUCCUCUUCUAGCUCUCCUGUGUGACUUUUAGGCAUGUUACUUCACCUCCUCUGGGUGUCAGGUUAUUCAUCUGUAAUAUGAGGUUGGCUUAAAUAUCUCUAAGGUUCUUUUGAGAUCCACAGUAUUUGCACUAUAGUGAGGAUUUUAAUAAUCAAAUGACUUAUUUUUCUCUUUUUAAAAUUUUGUCCUUCAUUCUGAGAUGUGAAGACAGUUUAAAGGUGAUCUUUGAGACAGGUAAAUGCACAAUAUUUGAUUAACUUCUGUCCUAAGGAUGUUUUGCUUGAUGACUGGAAGCAGUUGGUUAUGUUGCUUCUUGAGCGAGAAAUAUCAGGCAGCAUGAUGAUGAAUUUAUUUUAUUGUAACAUAGUUGAGUUGUAAAAAAAUUCUUUUGAGAAUACCGCAUUUUGUCUUAGUGAUUACAUCCUCAUUACCAGGAUAGAGCUAUUUACCUGACACCAUUAAAAAUAUCUGUAUGUGCACAGUCUCCAGAAGCUUUCAGCUGUGACUAUGUAGAAGUCAACACUUUUUCAUACAUUAACUUUCCCUCAGUAUAUGAGGAAGAAAAACAACUUCAUAAUAGAAGUACCCAAAUUUGUAUUAGGCUUGAUAGGAAAACAGAUAUGGAAAAUCCUGGAAGAUGUGCUCUCUUUAUGACCUAAUGUUUGAGACAGUUUUAUUUUUAUGAAUUUUUUGUUUGUUUUCUAUACCACACAGGAAAUAGAAGUCUUAAGUUUGCAUAACAUUUUGACUAGGAUUUCUUUUUUAAGAUUCUAGAUUUCAUAUACUGUCUCAUACCAUGGUUAUCAACUCAUGCUAUAAACCAGUGGUUCCUAAACUUGUCUCCUAUUAGAAUUACCUCAAAAGCUUCAAGAAAUGCAGAUACCUGUGUCCCACACCCAGCAAUCGCGAUCUAAUUCAUUUGGAAUGUGGCUGAAACAUUAGAAUUUUUUUUUAAAUCCCCAGGUGAUUCUAAUCUACAGAAAAGUUUUUUAGAACUGCCGUAUUAUGAAAAUUUGAGCCUCCUGAAACCUGUGGGUGACUUCUCUACAUCCAGAUUUAUACGACUGUCUAGCACAUAGAAGUUCCAAUACAUGCACAGGAGGUUGUCCCUUGCCCCCAGUGGUCUGCCAACACUUGAAGACCCAACACUUGAGUGCUCCUUGUGUGCUGGGCGCUGUUCUAAUCAGUGGUGGUUCCAGAAGACAAAGUCCUUGCUCAUGCACCAGACGUUUUGAUGGGGAGUCAAAUGUGUGUAAUGCUAGGUAACUGUUAGAGGGGAGCAAAGCAGAGUAACAAGAUGGAUGGGAUGGGAGGUGAGUCUUAAUUAUGGUGAUUAAAGAAAGUCUUAAAGGAAGUGAUCUUUGAGCUGAGACCAGAGGGAAAGAAGCAGGUGAGCAAGGCAAAGAUUUAAAGGAAAGGAGGAGUCAAACAAGCCUGCUGGUUUGAUGAGAGCACUUGACACAGUGUGGGAGGGACUAGAAAACGACUCUCGAGAGCCACGGUAGAAAAUUUGGGAAGGGUUUCUAUUGAAGAAUUCUUUGAAGAUCACUCUGAUCAUGCUGCAUGCAAAGUGUGUCAUAGGGAGGCUUGGUGAAAAUAGGGAGUAUCCGGAGACCCUCUUAGAAGUCUUUGCACCAGAAAUAUUGGUAGCUUAGACCAGGGCGGUAGCCGUGGAACUGGUGGCAAGUGGUAGGACUCUUAUGUCUUCAAGAUCCUGCCAGCGGAAGGAUUUUGGCCCAGCAAUCAGAAAGCAAAGAGAUGACCAGGGUGACUCUUAGGUUUUUUGGCUUGAGGGGACAAAUCAAGAUUUCUGUUUGCGUUUGGGUUUGAGAUGCCUGAUUUCUCAUGGGAUCCAGCAUGGAAUUGAGGGAGGGGCCGGGAGCUAAACUUUUGGGAUCCAGCAUGGAAUUGAGGGAGGGGCCAUUUGGGAAUUAGCCAAUAAGAGCUUAGAGGCAUGUGACAAAUCACUUGUAAACAGAUAAGUGCCUCUCAAAUUUUAAUGUGCCCGAGAGUCACCUGUUUCUGUUAAAAUGCAAAUUCAGUUUCAGUAGGUCUGGUGUGGGGCCUGAGGUGCUACGUUUCUAACAAGCUCUUCAGCGAGGCUGAUGCUGCUGGCUCUGGGACCCACGGUUUGAGGUGCAACCGUGUGGAUCCAGAAGAGGGUGGGGUGGGUCCUGGGGCACACCCAGCAUUUGGAAGGGGGAGCCAGCAAAGGAGACUUCCAGAUCUCUCAGAUAAAGCAGAAAAAUGUGGCACACCAGAACAAAAGUGACGUGUUUCAAGAAGGGAAUGGUCAUUCAAGUGCUGCACAAAUAAGAUGAGGACCGAAUUAGCCACUCGGUUGAGGGUUUUUCCGAGUUAACAAGCUCUGAGUUUGGGGAUGAAGAACUGCUUGGAGUGGGUUGUGAGCAGAAGGGGACAGAAGUAGAACCAGCAGUUGCAGACAACUCAAGUUUUGAUGUAAAGUGGAGCAUGGAUGGAGCUGAGGUGUGGGUGAGCAAGGGAGGAUUUUAACUCAAGGAGACAAUAUAGCAUGAUCAUAUGCAGACUGGAAAAUUCCAUUAGAAGGGGACAGAUACAUGCUGUCAGGAGAAGUGGCUUGUGGCAGGAGUGAAAUCUGAAUAGGCAGGCAAGUGGGAAUGAGUGAGAACGCACACUUAAGAGGGGUUCAUCUCAAAUAGGCACAGGGACAGUUCCAGUUCACGUGUCAAGAAGGAAGAUGGUGUUUUAACUCAUUUAUUAAAAUAUUUAUUGUACACCUAUUACUUACAAGGCACUGUUUUAGGUCCUCGGGAAUAAAACAGGGAUCAAGACAAGAUACAAAUCUUUGUAACUGGAUGGUGCUUAGGUUCUGGAAGUGAACAGGUGUGAAUGCAGAUAGCUCGCUAGAUUUGGUAUUGGGGAAAAUGAGAUUAUUCUCUCUUAACAGCUUCCACUUUCCCCAUUGAAGGCCUGAGAUGGGAAAGGGGGAGGGAUGUUCGAAAUAUCCCUGAGGACGGUGGGAGAGUGGACCAGGAAGGCCAGUCAGAACGGUGGGUCAGCUGGAGCCUUUGGUCAUAACUUCAAACAAACUGGUACCUCCUUCUGUUGCUUGAAUGCAAACCAAAAAAGAGAACGGAUAAAAUAACAAAAUUUCAAAAUAUCCCUACAGGGAGCUAGAAAAAACGGCUCUCCUGUCCUUUUUAUAUGCCCAGUAGGUGGCUUCCUUGGAAGGAUCUAUCCUCAUCCCCCCGCCCCCCACCCCCCACCCGAAAUGGAGAGGAGCCCAUCUUCGAGGAGCAGUGGAGGUAGAAAUAAGUCAGACCGCUCUUCAGCCCUUCCUGAAUCAAGUGCUUACAGUUUGAUGUCAUUGAAAAUCUAUUUUAAGUAAAGUGUAAUUUAUCUUGGAAUUACCCUUAUUAUGUCACCUAAGCUCUAUACAUCAAUUAGAGAGACCAAAGCUCCUUUUUCAUAUCCUAUAUGUGAGGGCAGGACGGUACCCUGUCUGAGGAUUCCAGAGAUGCGGAUUUCUCUGGGGUCUCAGCUGGCUGGCUUCUCCUCCUUGGCCUGCAGUUUGUUCAGCUGUAAAACGAAUGAUUUAAGAUACAGUUAUGCCAAAAACAUGGUUAUUAGUAUUUACAUCCCUUGACAUUGUUAGGAAAGAGUUCUCCAGGUCACAAACUUACUAAUGGUUGAGUUUAUGAAAGAACGGGGUUUAGUUCACGUAACUAGUAACUGGACUUCCAAACAGGGUUUUCUAAACUUCAGACACUGGAAUGAUCUUGAUGGAUUUUCGCCAUGUCCACAUCCCAUUUCUAGUUUUAUAUUUGGAAGUAUUACUUAAAACUUUUCUUUCAAACAACUCACUUUUUGAUGCCAAUUUAUUUUUAAAAGAAGGCAUAUCACUUUGGUGAGUGGAAAAUUAGUAUCACUGACUGGAUUACCUUAAAAUACAAUGGAAACAAAGCAGUGUUACUAAAUUCUAGCUAUGUAGGAUUGCUGUGGAAACAGCCUCCAAUCUGUUCUCCCUUUUUAAGAAGUGUGAUUAAUAAAUACUCUUAGGUAAGGGUAAAAAGACAUGUAAGCACCAAAUCAAGUCUUUCUGCAUGAUGUAACCAAAAAGAUUUAAAGAGAAUUUUGAGCACUCCCUUAACCAUCCUUCUCUGGGAAACACUUUAAGCAACAGAAGGUUAGCUACUGCAGUUUCUCGACUAUCAGUAUAAAACAAAUAUGAACAUGUCUUAAAGGCAUCUAUCUACCUACAUGCAUGCAGAUGGACUCUGCCUAGUAAUAAAGGUUUCUGUAACCGCCCCCGCCCCUUCCCAAGGUAUUGACCAGCAUUACCCACAUCAGUAUUAAAGUAACUGACGUUACCCUGACUCAAAGUUUCUGGUCUUGUCAGUUUUUUAAUCUCAGGAUAAAAAUAAUGCAGCUCUUUCAAUGCCACUCAGUGAGCAGAGAGAGAUGUCCCGGGCGGCCUUGUUUGUGGUGCUUUGGGGCCUGGCAUUCCAGCUUUGAAAAAAAAAAAAACCCUUAAAAUUUUCCAGAUAACUUCCUCAGUUGCCCACUGGCUAGUGAGUGGAUUCUUGAUUUGGCAAUCUUCAUUGUAAAAAAAAAAAAAAUAAAUAAAUUCCUAUUUCCUUAUGAAUUAGAUAAUACCAACAUGUCCUAACACUGAAGGCCUGAGAUUUAGGGUGUCGCAGUGUGUUUUGGUAUGGUGAGUAGUUGUGCGCCCACAUCACUAAAGUAGUCUUUCACGUUUUAAUUGUAUUAGAUAAAAAUUGUCCUGCCUUCUUAGAUACGUCCUUCAAUCCUUUUUGACAUAUGGUAUGACGUAAACGAAGAUUUGAUGUCUUCAUCCUUUGACUCGGCACCAUGUUUAUGUACGGGGAUAUCCUUCGAUCUUGCCCCAGUGUGGAGGGCUGUUACCUCUCUACUUGCCUCAGACUAGUUUUUAAAAUAAAUGUGGCUGCUUUUAA